AAUUUCACAAAGUCAUGCACAAUAAUGUCACGGGCAACUGGGCAGUUGGGAAACAUCAAUUGCGUGCCUACCCUCGUAUAUAUACUCACUACUUCUUCCACAAAUUACAACUUCUUCCACAAAUUCUCGCUCUUAUUCCCUUCCCUCCUUCAUUGUAGUGGCGCAGCCGAAUAGAAUGAGAGCCCUAGCGCUGUUGUUACUGGUGGUGGUGGCUUUUAUGAGCAGCGGCGCCGCAGCAGUCGGGCGGCAGCUGAGGUUCGGCGGCAAGCGAGGCGAGUUCAAGAUUCUCCAGGUGGCGGAUAUGCACUUCGGCGACGGCAAGAGUACCCCCUGCGAGGACGUGCUCCCCCGCCAGGUCGCCAGCUGCUCCGAUCUCAACACCACCGCCUUCAUCCGCCGCAUGAUCCUCGCCGAGAGGCCGAAUUUCAUCGUCUUCACCGGGGAUAAUAUAUACGGAUUCGACGCGAGCGACGCGGUGAAGUCGAUGAACAGUGCGUUUGGGCCUGCGGUGUCGGCCGGCAUCCCGUGGGCGGCGGUGCUGGGGAAUCAUGACCAGGAGUCGACUCUGUCGAGGGAAGGCGUGAUGACGCAUAUUGUGGGGAUGAAAAACACGCUGUCGCAGCUGAACCCCGCCGGACCUCACGUCGUGGAUGGAUUCGGGAACUACAAUCUGGAGGUUCGUGGAGUAGAAGGUUCUAGAAUAGAGAACAAAUCGCUUCUGAAUCUCUACUUCCUCGACAGCGGCGAUUACUCUACCGUCCCCUCCAUUCCUGGCUAUGGCUGGAUCAAGCCCUCUCAGCAGCUUUGGUUUCAGCACACUUCUUCGAGACUGCAGAAAAUAUACAGCAGCAAGCCAGAGGCACAAAAGGGUGCUGCCCCUGGGCUUGCCUACUUCCAUAUUCCGUUGCCCGAGUAUGCAAGCUUCGACUCGACAAACUCGAGCGGUGUGAAGCAGGAAGGCAUCAGCUCUGCGACGGUGAACUCUGGAUUUUUCACGACGAUGGUGGCAGCAGGGGACGUGAAGGCAGUUUUUACAGGGCACGAUCACCUCAACGACUUCUGCGGCGAGUUGAGGGGCAUACAUCUGUGCUACGCGGGGGGGUUCGGAUAUCAUGCGUAUGGGAAGGCUGGAUGGUCUCGCAGGGCGAGAGUAGUGUUAGCUUCCCUUGAGAAAACACAGAAAGGAUCGUGGGGAACACUUAAGGCUAUCAAGACUUGGAAACGUCUCGACGAUAAGAAGCUUAGUGUCAUCGAUGCUCAGGUGCUGUGGAGCAAGAGCUCCACCACUAAGCAAACAGAUUGAUUACACUCUUUGUAGGUUCAACUUUUUCACUUAUUUAUUAUAGUAAUUCAAACAUGGGAUAUACCUCACUUGCAUGGAAUCUUUGGUGUGUCAGGUGUGUCAUACUUUGAAAAAAAUUUAGUUAACCAAGGUAUUAAUUGGAUCUACAUA